CCUUGUUCAUCAUAAUCAUAACCCCACUUUUAAGUUAAGCAAUCUUAUAUUAUACCUUGCUUUUGGAUGUUCUUUAUUACUUCAAUAAAUGUUAUGCUUCGAUCACGUGUUGUUAAGAAUAACUAUGUACUUAAAUAUGGGCCGAAAUAAAUCCCAAACUUGGGCCCCUUGUGAUGUAUUCAAUCAAGAGGUCUCCCAAAACAAUUACGCCGUUAUGGUAUUAAAUAGGCCAAUUCCUACAGAAUUUUCAAGGAAUUUUGUAGUAAACUUAUGGAGUAAAGCUGUGUUACGUGUAACUGUGGAUGGAGGUACUAAUCGCUGGAUGUCGUGGUUAAAGUCAAAUAAUUACGAUAACAAGCCUGAUAGUUACCCCGACCUUGUAACAGGUGAUAUGGAUUCUGCCUUAUCAGAAGUGGUGGAAUAUUUCUGUAAGCAAAACGCAGAGCUAAAGGUUGUCCCAACACCGAAUCAGAAUGAAACAGAUUUCACAAAGGCACUAAGAGAAGUUCAUAAACACGCACUUGAUCGCAACUUGAAGAUCGAUACUGUUUUUGUUAUGAUUGAAUCUUCAGGCCGUUUCGAUCAAAUUGUAGGAAAUAUAAAUACAUUAUUUAAAGCGCACAGUAUAAUACCAAAUGUGAAUGUCUUUUUAUUGUCUGGUAAUUCAUUAACGUGGCUCUUGAGGAGCAAUAUCGUGCAUUCUAUUACAAUACCCUUGGAAUUGAGAAAUAAACACAGAUGGUGUGGUCUAAUUCCAAUAGGGCGACCUUGCGUGGUAACAACCACUGGAUUAAAAUGGAAUUUGAGUAAUUCAGUUUUGGAAUUUGGUAAUCUAGUCAGUACAUCUAAUACUUAUAAUGGGGAUUCAUUUGUAACAAUUAGAAGUGAUAAUGAUGUAGUCUGGAGUAUGUGCAUUAAAGAUUUGUUAUAGCUUUUAUUCAAGCUUUUCCUAGGUAUAGUUAAUUAGGCACAAAAUAUGGGUUACUUAAAUGUGCAUGAUUUAGGAUGGAUAGGUGCUGUACUGAACUAUCCAUUUUUAUUUUUGAUACUACUUAAUUACCAUGUAAUUGUGAAUGUUAAGAUUGAUUUAAAAAAAA